AUGGAAUGGCGAAGUGUAAAGGAUACACAGCCCGUCUCGUCAGCCUCUGAAGCGCAUGAUGAGCUGGAGCAAGGGCAGCCGGGUAUACGGCUGGCGCAGCAAGAUACGCAUGAGAAGUCAGAUCUGGCUUCGGAAAAGUCAGCAGCAAGUGAGGAAGCCCUUGCUCCUCGGCGGCGAGCAUGGAGACGGUUGCACCAAUCGAGUAUGCACUUUGCAUCGAGUCUAACAGCAAAGGCAAACCCUGACCUUCGCAAUGAGUUGAACACUUCUAGAGCGCAAUGA